UCCUUUGUAGCAGAUAUGUGUUUGUAUGCGUACGGGUGUACCUGUCUGGUGCGGGGGUCUACAGGUCUGUACGAUGAAAAAGAAAUGCUUAAAGGAAAGUUGGAUUUACUCAGUAACACCAACAUGGUAGAUUUUGCAAUGGAUGUCCACAAAAAUCUCUAUCCUGAUCAGGACGUGCCAUCAAAUUUGAAAGACAAGAGAAUGAGUGUAGUUGCUCAACUCAAAAGUCUUCAGGCUGAGACAGAAAUGAUCACCAAGAUAUUUGAAGAUCCAGAAGUUGUACGUCAGAUGCAGAGCUCGAGGGAUGGAAGACAGUUAUUUGAAUUUCUGAAUAAAGAUUAUGGCUUUGAAGCAAGGAUGGUGGACACACUAUACGAGUAUGCCAAGUUCCAGUACGAGUGUGGAAAUUACUCCGGAGCUGCAGAAUACCUUUACUUUGUCCGAGUAUUGCUGCCCUCCACCGACAAGAACUUCCUGGACACACUGUGGGGAAAGCUGGCCUCCGAAAUCCUUAUGCAAAACUGGGAGACGGCUCUGGAUGAUCUGACAAAGUUAAAGGACAUCAUAGAUAAUAAUACCUUUGGAUCCGCAUUACAGAACUUGCAGCACAGGACCUGGCUAAUCCACUGGAGUCUUUUUGUCUUUUUCAACCAUCCCAAAGGUCGUGACCUCAUCAUUGAUAUGUUCCUGUAUCAGCCUCUGUAUCUGAAUGCCAUACAGACAACCAGCCCACACAUACUGAGAUACCUAACCACCGCUGUAAUCACCAACAAAGGUCGUAGGAGGGCCGUCCUCAAAGACCUGGUCAAGGUCAUCCAGCAGGAAUCGUAUACCUACCGUGACCCCAUCACAGAGUUUGUGGAGUGCCUGUAUGUCAACUUUGACUUUGAUGGUGCCCAGCAGAAACUCAGGGAUUGUGAAGAGGUCUUGGUGAAUGACUUCUUCCUUGUGGCUUGUCUUGAUGAUUUCAUUGAAAAUGCUAGAUUGCUGAUUUUUGAGACCUUCUGUCGGAUACACGAGUGCAUCAGCAUCAACAUGUUGGCAGAGAAGUUGAACAUGACAUCAGAAGAUGCAGAGAGGUGGAUUGUAAACUUGAUCAGAAACGCUCGUCUAGAUGCCAAGAUUGACUCAAAGCUGGGGCAUGUUGUCAUGGGAACACAGGCUGUGUCGCCAUACCAACAGGUUAUAGAAAAAACAAAAGGUCUAGCCUUCAGGUCACAGAUGAUGGCCAUGAACAUUGAGAAGAAACUUGGACUCCGUACUGAUAGUGUGCCACAGUGGGAUAAAUCUGUCGAGAGUUAAUAGAUACGUCAUUUAGUGUGCUAAAAGACUUUAAUAACGCCAGUCGCAGCAAACAGACUUUAUAACAUCAGUCGCAGUCGAGAGGGAAUUUUUCAGUUUACUGCAUAGACAGUGAAUUUGGACUUUCAAAUGAAGUGCUCUAAAAAGAAACUAAAAUUAAAUUAUAUCAACUGGA